UAUUUAAACGUUAAAGUUUGGAUACAUAAGUCUUCAUUUUCGGCAAAAUAAGCAAAAAUGUUUGCUAAGUAUGUCACGUGAUCCAUUUUGGCCAAUCGAAAUGCUUCAUUUUGAAAGCAUCUUAUAAAACAAGCAAUUUCGCUUGGGGUACUGAUUGCUGAGUAGGUGAAGGAAGGCAAUGGUGUUCUGAUGUAUCCGUGAGAGACUAUGGACACGAAGAGCCAUCCGACACUUAAACAGUAUCAGCAGCGCACCCCAGAAAGCAUCAUAUGCUAACUUUGUGACGUGAGAAAACCAGCAGCAUAUCUCCUAACGUUGGUUUGGAGAUUCCUAGUAUUUGAAAUGAAAGCACAAACAAGAUAACCUAUGAGAGGUGAUUCCACAGAGUCAAUGACUACUAGUCCAGUGCGUCGCGACUCCACCAGUGAAUACAGCAACAUGAGCGAGCCAGGCAAACUCGAGAUAGACACUGAGACUGCAGGCUCGGCUGGGCUUGACACUAAGGCUGGCGGUGAUAAUGAAGUAAGCAAUUCGGAUCAGAACCAUGUAGGGGCUAACAAGUCUGGGCGAGGCCGUAUGACGAAUCAGCUACAAUACUUGCACAAGGUGGUCCUUCUGAAGGGUGUAUGGAAACACCAGUUUGCCUGGCCAUUCCAGGUUCCGGUGGACCCUGUAAAGUUAAACCUUCCGGACUACUAUGACAUAAUCAAACAGCCGAUGGACUUGGGAACUAUAAAGACUCGCCUCGAGACAAUGUACUAUCACUCUGCGAAGGAAUGUAUCCAGGAUUUCAACCAGAUGUUCACUAACUGCUACAUUUACAACAAACCUGGCGAGGACAUUGUGCAUAUGGCUCAGGCGCUGGAGAAAGUCUUCUUGUCCAAGGUGGCGCAGAUGCCGGCUAAUUUCUCAACUGAAGGAUGUUUUAAUGAGCAGGAAGAGGUUGCUACUCCAGCAUCAAAGAAGGUCAUCAAGAAAAAGACAUCUACCGUGUCUCUAAGACCCCAUCCACCUACGGCUAACCAUGUCGAGUCUUCGCAAGUGACCACCACAUCGCUGGCAGCCUCCAAAGAUGUGCCCCUGCAGGCCAUCAGUGCAGCCGCCACUGAGACGGUAAAUUCACCAACCCCGGCCACAAGCGCAGCUGUAAAGGGGGCACCCACGGUGGAAUACUCCCCAUCUGUUAUUCCACCUUCGCAGCCUACAAAGACAAAGAAAGGAGUUAAGCGAAAAGCAGACACAACCACCCCUAUUCCACCAAUGGGAGAUCCGUACGAGCCCGACUUUGAUGAUGGUAUAAAAGACGAGAAAAUACCCAAAAUGGGCUCGGUCAAGAAACCCUUAGGUUCUGGCGUUAAAAUGACUCCCAACAAAGUCCUCCCACCAGGUGGAGCAAACUUGUCUGUCUUAACUACUCCUGUCAGCGAAAUAUCAGCAGCUAAGAUCACUCCGGCACGGCGGGAAAGCAAUCGACAAAUCAAGAAACCGAAGCGCGACCUUUCUGAGGGCGAAAUGGACUUGGUACAACCUAACUUGACAAGUCUUUUAGGGCCGGUCUUGUCAACGAGUAUCAAGAAGGGGAAACUGACUGAGCAACUCAAGUUCUGCCAUAACCUCACGAAAGAGUUCUUCACCAAAAAACAUUCUGCAUAUGCAUGGCCGUUCUACAAGCCGGUUGACGCUGUACUCCUUGGGCUCCACGAUUAUCACGAUAUCAUCAAGAAACCGAUGGACUUGGCGACAGUGAAAACCAAGCUGGAAAACAGACAGUACGCGUCCGCACAGGAGUUCUCCGAUGAUGUGCACACUAUUUUCACAAACUGUUACAAAUACAAUCCUGCAGACAGCGAUGUCGUGUUAAUGGCACGAAAAAUGCAAGAAGUGUUUGAAGCCCGGUUUGCUCGAUUACCGGAAGAGCAUUCAUUUGACUCGUACGAUAAAUCUAGUAUGAAGGGUGAUAGUGACAAUUCUAUAGGUGAUUCUGACUCGGAAAGUGGGAAUGAGAGCGAGGAGGAGAGAGAACGCAAAUUAAAGGAAUUACAAGAUCAGGUUAAAGAGUUACAAGAACAGCUUCAUCGGCUUACACAAGAACAUUUGAACAAAUUAAAAGAAAAGACUGAAAGGAAAAAGAAAAAAAAGAAAAGUCGUGAACGUGCGAAAGAACGAAUAGAAAAAAUUAUACCAGUUCCUGCUGCUAAUGUUAUACCAGUGUCCGUGGCAACAACAACGCCAGACUUGACAAACAGUGUAAAAAAAGUGACAAAAUCCAAACCUAAAACUAAUAAAACGCCCAGUGACGUUCAAAGAAAGCGUAAAACUAGCAAAGGUAGUGGUGGGAAGAAGGUUAAAGUGUCUUCACCCCCUUACCAAAUGCAGUUCGAUAGUGACGAUGAGGAUAAUGCGAAACCAAUGACUUAUGAUGAGAAACGUCAGCUAAGCUUGGAUAUUAACAAAUUACCAGGUGAUAAGCUGGGGCGCGUUGUACACAUCAUCCAGUCACGCGAGCCGUCCUUACGAGAUUCCAACCCUGACGAGAUAGAAAUCGACUUUGAGACUCUCAAACCAUCUACAUUACGGGAGCUGGAAGCCUACGUCAUGUCAUGUCUAAAGAAAAAACCUCGAAACUACACAAAGCGGACGCCGGGCAAGUCAAAGCAGGAAGUCCAGCAACAGAAAAAAAAUGAGUUAGAAAAAAGACUAAUGGAUGUCACUGGGCAGCUUGGGGGCCCCUCCGCAAAGAAACCUCCGAAAAAAGAAGCUGGCAAGGAUGGAGCAGGUGGAGCAAGCAGGCUGACCUCCAGCAGCAGUUCAGGCUCCGAUAGCGAAUCAUCAUCUAAUUCUAGCUCCUCAAGCGAUUCCGACUCAAGUGAAAUGUCCGAGUCAGGUUCCCCUAAGAAGAAAAAAAAGACCAAAACCAGCUCAGGGAAGCAGAAUGGUUUAACAUCUCCAAAUGUGAAGAUGUCAUUCGGCAACAAGCCAGGUCCAUCCCCAGCAGUCAAGGCCACACUCAACUCCGGUGCUGCGUCAGCUGUUAGCAGGGACUCGCCUGUCAAUAAAAGACAAGGUGUACCAAUUGGUAUACAGGCCGUGACGGUGAAACCAGAGCUGGGAACCGCAGUCACCUCCGCUGACAUGCCUGUAAAACGGGAACCAAUAGCCCGGCCUGUAAUGCACUCACUACCUCAGCAACCAGGCAGCCGGCCCAGCAAUGUGGCGGCACCCAAACCACAGAUGAAAACCACAGCCCCAGUUGUGACGGCACAAUCCCAGCGUUCAGCAGUUCCGGUGACAACUGUUCCAGCUCUUGCUUCUCAGGCGCCGUCGGCAAGUCCUCCCAUCAUCGUCAGCUCACCCAUCAAGGUUCAACAUGACAAGGAGUUUAUGCCAGCAGCACAGACGGCGAGUAUGAAGGACAAGCGAGCGGAGCCAGUACCAGUGUUCUCUAUGAAUGAUGAAUCUUCCAACUCUAGUCCUAUACAGCAGCAACCUCCACAACAGGCUGUCAAACCUCCGCCUCCAGGAGCUACACAUUUGCCGAGUGGUUUGGGUGUGAUGCCAAGUCAGGCAUCCGUACCGCCAGUUACCAGUCAGGCUAGUGAACAGAAAAAACAGGAGAUGACAAAACCCUCGCUCUCACAGCAACAGCAGCAGCAACAACAGCAGAAAAAGGAGUUAAAGUUGAAGAAUACUGGAUCGUGGGCAAGCCUGGCCAACAUGAACACUCCAACAAGCAAGAAGCCAAUGUCGGCUAACAGCUUUGAGCUCUUCAAGAAGCAGGCACAGGAGAGAGAGGAGAGGGAGAAGGCUAUGAAGCAACAGGAGGAGUAUCGCAAGGUUAUGAAGGAGAAGGAGGAGAGGGAGAGGAUACGCAUGGAAAAUGAACGCAAGAGGGAACAGGAAGAAGAGGAUGCGUUGGAGAAGGCUCGCCUGGCUACACUGCAGACUGACAUGCAGGCACAGAAGGAGGCAGAGAAAAACCGGGCCGAGAGGGAGAAGGAGCGCCGGAAAGAGCAGGAACGGAGGAGACGACAAGCGAUGUCCAACCAAAUUGAUAUGAACGAGCAGAGUGCCCUAAUGGCCCAGUUUGAAGAUGGAUUAUGAUCCAUGCUGUUGGCAACCAGGUGCCAGAUCAUUCUUAUGUGACUGUGAAAACUCACAAACAUUGAUCUAGAGAUGCGGAUAUCAUGUUGAUUAGAAAGUGUCACUUUCUGCGUUAAUACAUUGAUUAAGAUAUGAAGAUGUGUGUUAUAAACAUGGGUAUCUCUAUUAAAAAUGGGAUUGAAAAAAGAUGUUGCAAGUUAAAAUACAAACUGUCUUGUACAGUAUAUUGUCUGUCGAAGCAAAAAGUGGGAGUCAGGGAAAUACAUUUUGUUCUCAGUUUUGGUUUUGAAUAGAAAGAAGAAGGCAUAGAAGUAGUGAAAUAUAUGGACAAGCUUAGAAAGAAGAUUUGUUAAAAUUGCAAUCUCCAUGUAUUUGUUAUGUGGCAAAUAGAUUGCAUUAUUGGCAGAGAGUCUGUGUUUUAGUAUGGGGAGUAAAUAAAUGAAAAUGAAUCGGUGGAAGCAAUAUUGUUCAAUUUUUUAGGAUGGAAGAUUGCGUAAUAUUGUAAUGUUUAUCAUACUGUGUAUGAAUUAAGUAUUUAAUAGUGUGAGAAAGGAAAGUAAAUGGAUUUAUGCAGCUAUCUUGCAUGCUGUAGUUGCUGAAUGUCUUGACAACUGUGGGUUGUAAUGCCAUAAUCAACAUAUGGACAUUGAUCAAGCUGAUUAAACUGUUAAUUUUCCAACAGUAAUGUUUGGUACUUCACGUUAAUCAAGUCAGGAUUAAGUUCUUUGGAACAAAGUCAGAGCAGUUUGUUGUUCAGUCUUUUUGGGAUGUAAUAAUAAACAACUUCUGUUUUCAUUUUAUCCAUGGCCAGAGGAAUUAAAAACGAUUCAUGGUGAGUUUACAGGUAAACUGAUACGCCACAUUUUAAAUGAAUUCAUUCCUCUUUGGCUUAUGUUAAAUUAUAUUUUCCAAAUUUAUCUGAGGGCAGUCUUAAUGUGACUGCAAGUUGAAGUUGCUGACCUUGUGUCCUUUUGGAAUUUGAAUGCUUUUUAAGUGACCACUGGACAUAAGCAUACCUUGAUGAACUUUAUCAACACCAAGAAAGCAUUAACCCAUGGCUCUUGUUCUCUUGUUUACUUGUAUCUCAAACUUCAUUGUACAAUUUUUACAUGUUGCAUGUCCAUUUUACCAUGUAAACGUUUCGGUUGAUAGUAUUGACCUCCAUGUCGUUCCAUGAAUAUUGUCAUAUCCAUACUAGUUAUUAUUGUGAUAAUUCUCAUGUUCCAUAUCUGAUCAUGCUAAUAUUGUGUGUUCAUUUCAUAGCACUUGUGUCAAGAAUAAAGACAAUAAAACAACAUCACCUUUUUUGCACUGUUUAAUAAGUUAGCAUUAUAUUCGUAGAUUCUAGCACUUACAUUUAGAGGUAUCAUUGUAUAUAUCAUUACUUCACACUGUGCAUUUAAAUAUCAGUUAUGCCACAUAAAUUAUUAUGGUCUCCAAAAGAGUCCUUUAUUUUGCCUACAUUAAGCAGUAUCUUAAUUGAAAGGAAUGAUCAAUCUGUAAGACCAUCUUCUUAUCGUGUAAUAUAAUACCUGUAUUGAAUGAAUGCGGAGGUAAACCUGGUUGUCUGAUCGAAAAGUAGAAUGAUUUAAUAAACCUGCUUUGUACAUGAAAAUAACUAUUUUGUCCCGUUUCUUCAGUUUUAAAAUGAAAUAAGAUGAUCAGAUGGGCCUGAUGAAGUUGACCUUUAUCAAUGGUAGAAAUCGAGAUCAGCACAAGUCGGCAACCCCGAAUGAAUACAGCUUGUUAAAACUUUUGGGGUUUUGUUGUAUGGUUAUACAUUCAGGUUUGUUCAAGAAAAUUUUGCAAUUUUGUAGCACACAGUCUUCAAGCUUGUUCAAGAAAAUCUUACAAUUUGAUUAUUAAGUAUUCGAGCUUGUUCAGGAAAAUUUCAACCAAGUGUGGUCAUUUUUAUAAGCAUUUAAUGAAGGUUUAUUUUCAGCCAUAGAGAAAAUCCACUCUGGUUGUUUUUAUCUGUGUUGCAUUUACUAAAAUAAAUUGUGUUAAUUUUGACAUUGCGGUAAGAUAAAAAUUCAAAUUACUUUUCUCUGAUUGAUAGCAUAUUUGUAACUUAUUUUAUUUCUUCUUUUGAUCAUGAUUCAAUGAAUAUAUUUGAAGAGUGAUGGAAAUACUUUUAUGUUGUUUAAAUUGUUGAGGCUUAUUAUAGCAAAGCGUGGUCUAUAUACUUUUGUAUUUGUCAAGUUCUUCUGUUCGCUGUAUUUGUUUAAUCAGUGUUUUAAAUUUAUAUCAUUUUCUCGUGUUCACAGUUUGUAAAUUUUAUAUUCAUAUUUAUAAAAACUGUUGUUUGCCUGUUUGUUACAAUUUACGGUGUAAAUUUUCUGUCCUGUUUCUCAUUUUUAGUAUUUAAGGUAAUUGUGUUGUAUUUUUUUUUGAAAGUCGAUUUCGCUUGAUAGUAGAAGUAUUGUGACAGACUGCUAACCCAGUAAAAUUACAGGGAUAAGCCCAGUAGCCGAAAAUUACACAAGAUCAUGUUAAAGGCACACAUAUCAAGGCCAAAAAACUCUUAAAGAAAGACAUAAAUAUUUUACAAUGUAAUAAAACAAACGAAUAAUACAUGAAUAGAAAUAUGAUUUUUGCUAAAUCAAAUGUCACAAAUAGUGACAUAUCUGAAUAUCACCGAACAACAGUGAUUAUCGGAAUUUUGAAUCAAAUUAGAACUAAAUAUCGAGACUUUUGCAAAACAGUCAGGAUCUACUAUAACACUAAAAGUAAUUCCAACUGUUUUGUAUUGUGCCACCUUAUUGGUGUAAAUACUGGGCUUAAAGGCAUAUUCCACAUGCUUCAUUCAGGGGCCUGGGCUGGUGUUCAGUUUUACCAAUUAACAGUUUUGGAUGCUUUGAACCUUUAACACGCUGUAUUUCUACUUUGUCUUUAACACUUCGCAAAUGCCAAGGCAUUGUUUCAAUCGUAUUUUAUCAAUCUGCUAACACCUUAACUUGUUAUCUGACAACCUGAGGUAUUACAUGUUCAAAUUUUACCUCGAGGUGAACUAUUCAUUAGAUUAACUUCAUAUUAUAGGAUGGAGCAUGUUGAAACAAUAUGUGUUUGAAUCUAUUUACAGAACACACAUAAUUCAAAUAAAUUAUGUAUGUGAGUCAUCAUUCUUGUUUGGUUGUUUGUAUAUUUAUAGUGUAAGUGGGGAUGCCUAUCCAUUACACAUUCUUUUCAAAGUAAAAGAAAAAUAAAUAAAAAUAUUAAAAUAUGAAA